CACUCAGAAAUAAUUCUGUUUAAGAACCAGAGAAAAUUCUCAUUGUUCCAUAAGAAAAGUUUGACGGUGGAAGAAAAAGGACCAUGAAAGUCAUCCAAUAGCAACUGGGGUGGUGGAGCGUGGAGAAGUAAGGAAGAAGGAGAAGCAGGAAACACAAAGGCCGGUGCUAUGAAUCCACCACCAUACUCAGAAAAGGAGCCCCCUUCCACUCCCGUUCUGAACCAUCCUGCCGGACCUCCAUACCCUAUGGAUAAUACAGCACCUUCUGCCAUGCCACCCCCGUACCAACUUUUUUGUAACUCCCCUGGUGUAGGACCAAGCCAAGACCUGUUUGUUCAGCCUCAGCAAGCCAUAAUCAUCACCCCAGUCCAGCCAACUAAUGAACCUGAUUUCUUGGCCUACUCCAUCUUCACCAUGCUUUGCUGCUUUCUACCCCUGGGUAUCGCUGCCUUGGUUUUCUCAAUACAGACUCGGCAAGCUAACAAAAUUGGGGACAGAACAGCUGCUCGGCGACACUCCAUGUUGGCACGCUCCUUCGCCCAUAUAGCUCUGGGGGUUGGGAUCCUAUUAACAUUUGUGUACAUCACCGUGCUUGCAGUCCUUUUAAGCAGAGUAGACAGUUACUAUCCUUAAGCCGCUAAAGAAACUGCAUGAGACUCAACUCACCUGAAAGAAUUCCCUGCUGAGAGCUUCUGGUGUUAUGCUAUUUAAAAAUUAAAGUUAAUGAACUCU